UGCUGUAGGGUGCGGUUUCUUCAGUCCAGCUGUAACCGGUUACCGGAGACUCCGUCACAUACACAGCAGCGCUGUAUGGUCAAACACCAAAACAUUUAUUCUCCGGAGCGGCUUUAUGAUUAAGCUACAAUCUUCAAUGAGUAAGCAUAUUCCACAGUUCUGUGGUGUUUUGGGUCACACAUUUAUGGAGUUUUUGAAGGGCAGUGGCGACUACUGCCAGGCUCAGCACGGCGUUUAUGCAGAAAAGUGAACGGCCGGCAUCAAUACCUCAUCAGAAGAGAGACUUGUGUUCAGUUUUAUUGUUGGCGGGAUCAGGCUUGGAGAGCAGACGUCCACAGGGGUCGGCGGUUCUGGAUGGGGUAAAAAAAUCUCUUGAAGUUCACUGCCCUCGUCGGCCCUACGCCUUCCACCAGAGGACCAGCCACAUUUUAUAGUGUUUUUCUUUUCUUUUUCUGUUUUUGCUAUUAAUCCCGCCCACCUGUGGGACACACCUCUUUUUCUCCUAAUCGUAUCCUCCAGAUUUUCUUUUGUUAUUCCAUUUUUUCAUCGAGAUUUUCAAGCUGUUGGAAAAAAAGGUAAAAAAUGGCUCGUAUGAAUAGACCUGCCCCGGUGGAGAUCACUUACAAAAACAUGAGAUUCCUCAUCACCCACAACCCCACUAAUGCCACGCUACACAAAUUCAUUGAGGAACUGAAGAAAUAUGGGGUGACGACGGUAGUUCGAGUGUGUGAGGCCACAUAUGAUGCAAACCUGGUUGUUAAAGAAGGUAUUCAGGUUCUGGAUUGGCCCUUUGACGAUGGAGCUCCUCCCUCUAACCAGAUCGUUAACGAUUGGCUGAAUCUUCUUCGGGUGAAGUUUAGGGAGGAGCCAGGCUGCUGCAUCGCUGUACAUUGUGUUGCAGGCCUUGGAAGAGCCCCAGUGCUGGUUGCUCUGGCCCUGAUUGAGGGUGGCAUGAAAUAUGAGGAUGCUGUUCAGUUCAUUCGACAAAAGCGACGAGGAGCAUUCAACAGCAAGCAGCUCUUCUAUCUGGAAAAAUAUCGUCCCAAAAUGCGUCUUCGAUUCAAGGAUUCCAACGGCCACCGCAACAACUGCUGCAUUCAGUAAAAGCUUGAGUAUCAGCCUUUUUCUCAAAUGUGUAACGGGAAUUUGUGUCUAGCAUAAGUAGUUUGUUCUCUUAAUUGGUAACUGUGAAAAUGGCAUUACAAAAAUGAAGCUUAUUUCAUUACAAGUGUCCCCGCCCUUCUCUUUGUUUUUAUGUGUUUCCUGUGGAGAGCCUCUGUCAGCAAGGUAAAGUGCUUGUUUCAUCAUCAGCUUAGUGUUUUGCAAUGACGUUUGCAUUGGUGAAACAUGGUUAUAUCCCAACUCUGCCAAACACGUAGUAUGCUUUAUGGCCUAAAUGGUUCCAUAAAAAAAUCAUUUUAAUGGAUUUUUUUAUUAUUAUUAUUGUUGUUGAUGAUUUAAGUCUAUCUGUAAUUAACGAACAGAUCUAAAAUAAAUGCAUUUUUACAGCAGAAAGACACCAUCUGGUGGAGUUCUCGUGGCAUUUGGAGAGGUUUCUCAAUGUCUAUCGCAGAAAAAAAUCAGGAAGAGAGAUAAAAAAAAAUAUUAGGAAAGUAAAAUCUGUUUCUAUAAAUAUAUUGAAGGGUGGGGUAGUUUUUUUUUUUUUUUUUUUUUUUUUAAUCCAAACUUUAACUAUUACUGCCAUGUCGAUAGUGUGAUGUUUGUGUUUUAGCUUAAAACUGGAACUCAAUGUCUGCAGUAUUUUUAUGCCUUUUUAUUUGAUGUGCAUAACUUAAUAUUUCAAUACGUACGGUAUUUGAUUGUGUACUGUUAAAAUCACCUAUUUAUAUCAUUGGAUAUGUGUUUUAGUCUAGCAAGAAACAAGUUUGCCAAUUUGAGAGUACAAUAAAGAGACACUGAAGGAGCA